CAAACCAGAAGUUCAGGUCAAACCGGGUCAAGCGCAACAAGACAAGGAUGAGGUCUAUAGUUAUAUUAUCGCUUAUUUCUUUGUUUUGUUUUAACUUUAUUGUUAGUUGUUAUGCAGAAGAAGAAGAUAAGGGCCCUGUUAUCCCGCCGUCAAAAUGUGAAGUUUGCAAAUAUUUGGCCACAGAACUGAAAGACAGACUAGAAGAGACUGGAAAGAACAAAGAAGUUCUAGUAACUGGCACUGGACAAAAGAAAAAGAAAAUUAAAUACAACACAGCGGAACUAAGACUUAUAGAAACAUUGCAUGACCCUCACAUCUGUGAUAAAAUUCUCGAGUACAAUAUACACAAGGAGAGAGAAGGCAGCUUACGAUUUGCCAAGGGUCAGAGUGAAACAUUCAAAACAUUAGGUGACCUUGUCAUCAAGGGGGUUAAAGUUGUGAUGGAUGUACCAUAUGAACUCUGGAAUGAAACGUCUGCGGAGGUGGCAGAGUUACAUAGACAAUGUUUUACUUUAGUUGAAAGGUACGAGGAGACAAUAGAAGACUGGUAUUUUGAACAUCAAGACCAAGAUAUUAUAGAUUAUCUUUGUAGAAAACAUGUCCUCAAAAAUGAAGAGCAAACAUGUCUAGACGAGGUGUAUGUACCUAAAGGUGAUACAGAGGAAAAAGAGGAGGACGCCGAAAAGAAACAAUCUGCUGAAAAGAAAUCAAAGAAAAAGAAAGAUAAAAGUAAAGUGAAAGGGGAAACAGAAGAACACACAUAAUUAUGAUCUCGGCUACAUUAGAUGCACUGUCCUUUUGAAAUGAUGUAAAUAGUACAACUCUCAAAGCAAGGGGAAGUGGGGGAUGGGAUGGGAUGGGAAGGAUUUUUUCUCUUUAUAUUAAUUUGCUAUUGUCAGAAUUUGAAAUCCUCAUAAUUGAAUCUAAUUUGCCACAGGUAUUAUUAAAUCCAAAGUUUAUCUUAUUUUCUAUAUUUGAGACAUUGUUAUGUAUAUUUUUAUAUGUAAUUAUAAAUACUCACCGAUUUUUAUAUUCUCAUUUUAGAAAAAACGAAUACAUUAUGUGAUGGAGCGUGUGCCUAUCAGUGUGUCUGCCCAUCUGUCUGUCUAUUAUAUUUGACCCUCAUAUUUUGUGUCCGGAGCAUAACUUAGCAUAACUAUUUAUGGUAUUGACUUUAAACUUGAUUUAUAGGUAGGUGGUGAUGAGACCAUACAUAGAGUGCAGGAAGUAGAUCAAAGGUCAAGGUCACAAAGGAAGCUCAAAGGGCAAAUUUGAUCUUUAUUUAUUUCGUGACAAAGCAUAACCAUUCAAGGCAUUGGCAUAUAGGCAUAUGACAAUGAGACGAUAUAAAACGUGCAAGAACCAGGUCUGUAGGUCAAGGUCACAAGAAGGUCAAAUCUGACCGUCUUAUUUUGUUUUUAGAGCAUAACUUGAUAACUAUUUAGGAUAUAGACUGCAAACUUGGUAUAUAAGUAGAAGGCGAUGAGAUGAUGUGCACAGGGAACCUUGCAGUUUUCUGCUUUUUAUUCUUUUAUUUUAUCGAUGCCGCACAAAACCCUACAAACCCCCACCAACUGCUACAUAAUAACCUCCCUCCCAACAUAAGUGCCACCAAAAACUUUUCUUUUAAAUUUUACUUCCUCCUUUUCUAAUAUAGAACUUUCCGACUAUAUUUCCCUGCCUUUUGGAGCUCUUGUUAGACCAGUCUGAAAUCUUUAUAAUAAAUUUCAAAUUCUAACGUCAAGACCUCCAUAUCAGAAAUUUUACCCCACCCCCCACCCCCGCCCCUUGUAGACAUUCAGUUAGUUUAUAUUUAUACUAAUUUCUUAUAGCUCUUCCUUGAAAAACCAGUACUGGUGUCGUAUGAGAAGUCAUGGUCGUGACCCCAGUGGGGCUCAAACCCAUGAUUCCUGGAUUGAUCGGCUGACACCUUAUCCACUAGACCACCGCUCCCCUUCAGUUGCAAUUUAAAGUUGAUACUUGAAUGUGUCCAGAAUUUUCAGUUGUUCUAAUCCAUUGGUGCUAUUUUCUGUAAGAAAAAUCUCCAAGUAACGUCUAAGUUGUACUACAGAAAAGUGGUCAACAUUUUUCCCUACGGUCAGUAAUAAAACAGUUACAAUAUAAGCUAUUAUAGUAACAACAUAGGGAAAUAAUUCUAAAUUGGAGACUGGUUCCUGUGCAUGACACUCCGUCUCAUGAUGGUGAACAAUUGUGCCAAGUGACAUCAAAAUCCCUCCAUGCAUGAAGAAGAAAUGACCCGGACAAUGUCAUUCUUGUAUCUGACCUUUGGCUCUAAGUGUGACCUUGACCUUAGAACUAGGGAUCAGGAUCUUGCACAGGACAUGUCGUCUCAUUAUGGUGAACAUUUAUGCCAAGUUAUUUCAAAAUCCCUUUUUGGAUGGCAGAGUUAUGGACCGGACACGAAACAGACCCUUUUAACCUUUGACCUCUAAGUGUGACAUUGACCUUGGAGGUAGGUCUAAGUCUUGCGCAUGACAUGUCGUCUUGUCAUGGGGAACAUUUAUGCUAAGUUAUUUCAAAAUCCCUUUAUGGACGGCAGAGUUAUGGACCGGACACAAAGUGUGAUGGACGGACACAAAGUGUGAUGGACGGAAGGAUAGACGGAAGGACGCAACCUAUUUCUGUGUCCCCCUUUUUUCGAAAAAGGCGGGGAAAAAAAUCGGACCACUAUAUGCAGAGUUAUUGCCCUUGACAUUAUUUUGUAAAUCGCAAUUGUCUGCCCAAUUUAGACAAUUUCUUUUUCAAAAAAACACUCAUGUAACACAUCAUUAGAAAGGUCCAACUGAGACAAACAUUAUUCUGAAAGAAUUAUAUAAGAUAAAAAUAUCUGUGCAUGAAACUGACACGUUGAAUUCCAAUUGUUUGACAUGUCUGUGGUCAUUUCAGCAUGGAAGUAUUGAUGUCUUUAAAAAAAACAACAGUAUAACAUUACAUGCACUGAAUAUUCAGGGGUCUAAUUUAACUUCUUUCCCACUUGCAAUGUUUUGCUAAGUGCCAUUAUGUUUUCCGCAAGCAAAAUGGUGGGUUCCAUUUACAAUUAUUUAAAGGUUGUUUAUGUGCUAAAUUCAAUAAGUUGUUUUGUUUUUGUUUUAUGUAGAGCUGUUGUGUUUACUGACUGAGUUAAUAAAAACUAUAAUAAAAGAA